AUGUCCUCGGCCGCGCGGGCUGCCGCUAUCGAGCUGCUGCUGGUUGAAGGCAACGACCACAAUCUCGCGCUCGCCAAACUGGGCUUGCGGGUUUUCCCAACGGCAUCGCCGGGUCAGAGCUAUCGCAAGAUGCACGCCUUAGUGCAUCCAGACAAAAACCAGAACAGCCCGCGUGCCACACAAGCCGCGCAGGUUCUCGGCAAGUUGUGGGGCGAGUUGAACGGUGGAAGCCAGUCCCCGGACUUUUGGGCCGGCGUGGUGCGGCGGCAAGCUAUGUCUAGCCUGGAGAUGAAGCUCAAAGUUAUUCUGGAGAACGAAGAACAGGCGGCUCCGAAGGCGCCGCCGCGACCCAAGGCACCGCCGCCGACGACUGCGGGCUUGGAUCAGUUCAUGAGGGCGAGGAAGCAAGCUCCUCCGGCAGCCACCCCGACUGAGGCUCCCGUGCCUACAGCCUCCGAUCAGCAGGCCUGGGGGGUCGAAGGCAUGAAAAACAUCAAAUGGGUCUAA